GUUUCAGAGAAAGGUUGUUCUACUUGAAGCGUCGGCACCCCGACGCGCCUUCUCCCCGACCGCCGUCGUUCUCUUUCCCAUGGCGACCGCCGCCACCGACGACGACGCAUCCUGCCCAGUCCUGAACCGCGUCGAGCAACAGCGCAACUUUGGUAUCGACUGCGGCGACGAGAUCCUCUUCGCGGCCGGCGCGUGGGCUCCCGGCGGCGAACACACCAAGAAGCUCCAUGUCAAGAACGUGUCCAACCGCACGCUCAAGCUCAAGUAUGAUCUGCCGCGUACCAAAUACUUCUCCAUGGAGUUCCCCGUGCUCAUCACGCUCUCUCCGGGCACCUCCCGCGUCCUGGACAUUGCGUUCCGCCCUGUGCAGUACGAAGAGUACGACGACUUUAUCCGGGUGUUGGUGCACAUCAUCGACGGCGGCGUCAAGGCCACGAGCGGGUCCUUCCGCCUUCCCGUCAAGGCGCGCAUCUCGAUGCUCCACACGGUGAUCCCAUCCGCCGGCAUCGACUUUGGCUUCUGCCCCACCGCCGACACGACCGAGUUCAAGUUUCCGCUCCACUCGACCGGCCAAAUCGACGCCACGUUCCACUGGACGCUCCCUGAUGCAGGGGAACAUGGGCGACCCUUCUCCAUCAAACCGGCGUCGGGGGAGAUCCGAGCCGGCCAGACCCUUGAAAUGACCGCGACAUUCUCGCCGCAGACCGCGUCCGUGUACGUUGUGACCGCCAGCUUUGUCGCGCAGGAACAAACCAAGAAUGAUGGUACGACCACCACCAGCAGCAACCACCACCACCGCCAACAACGCCAAGAACACAGUAUGAAAAUCAGCGGUAUUGGGAAAUAUGCGUAUUUUGCAGCGUCGGAAACCGACUUGGAAUUUGGCGAGUUGAUCGUCGGCGGUGGCUCGAGCUUAAAGCACCCCACGGACAAGGAAUUCAUCCUGCGGAAUCGGUCGCUCGUACGGGCUAGUUUCCAGAUUGUACCUGUGGAGACUGAUCACGAGCCCGUGUUCUUUUUCUCGCCUCUUCGGGGUGUUAUCCCCCCCGAAGCGUCGGUACCCAUCACCGUCAAGUACACCCCAUUAAGCCCAGGAACGUUUACCUGCGACACGUUCCGAAUUCAGACCCCCGGCGGCCAUCAUGUGACAGUGUCGUGCCGAGGCAAAGCCAUUGGACCACGGGUGUCGUUGUGGAAAAAGAACUUGGCGUCCAAUUUGAUCAAAGCCAAUUCGCUCAAUUUCAAAGACGUCCAAGUAGGUAUCAUGUCUACGCGCGUGCUCGUGCUCAAAAACGAGUCAAAUGUGGCGGCCCGAUUCAACUUUAUGGCGGCGCCCUGCGGAGUCUUCGGCAUCGACAAAGUCGCCGGCGUAGUGCCGCCGCUGCUGGAUAUGUCCAUCACGCUCACAUUUUGCCCAGAAAAUGCUGGGAAUUUCUACCGUCGGCUGUUUAUACUGGUGCAGAACCAGUCGACUAUCUAUGUGGACAUCCUGGGUACGGGCUACGACAAUGAAGUCCGACCAUCGCCCUUCCAACAAGCGCAUGUUGAUGCGUAUCGGCUGCGUUGCCAGCAUCACUGGGGCCAUCUCUCCCCCGACGGCCUCGAAACGCUGUUAGAAGAAAAGGGCGAUGCGUACUUUUUGCAAGGCGCACUUGCGAAGCAACAGAUGGGGGGCGACGAUCCCAAGUUGCUCACCAGGAGUGGUGAGUCUGUUCUGUCGGACGUGCGUAUCUGCGACGAGUUUUUCCACGUUGCUACGCACCGGAGCAACGCGAUCGUCGUGUCCGAGUCGUUGCUCGAGUUCUUUUUCGGGUCCCCCAGAGCUACGAAAUCGCUCGUGGUGACAAAUUAUACCCAGGGCAAGGUGACAUGUUUAUGGCGUGUGUCUGAAACGAACGCGUUCGAAACACCUACGUUUCGCAUCUGGCCCACAAUCUGUGACAUCGCGCCAGGGGCGUCGGCUUCGUUUACGGUCUCGUUUACCCCGACACGUGGCAACGCGUACUACUUUGCCGAGCUUGAGAGCCACGUGUUUUUUAAAUCGAACCGAACGUUUCGAUUGGUAAACCCCCAAACGCUGACACCGCCGUGGUGUGUGGUCGUGCACGCGAGUGGCCAUUCGUUUCCAACACCAAACAGCCAGUUUCUUUCAAAAGUGACGUUCGAAACAGCCAAACCCGACCUGUGUCCGUUUCCCCCAGCUUAUGUGGGCGAUUCCGUGUACGAAACGGUGUCACUGGUCAACGCGAGUGACACCCCCGCCCUCUUUUCCGUGGUCCAGGACCCAUGUCGUGUGUUUUGGGUACACCCCCCCAUGGGCCGCAUCCCCCCCAACGGUUUCCACCUCGUGCAGAUCCGUUUUACCCCCACCCACCCCCGCCGCUACGUCCACCGCCUCGUCACAAUUGUGAACUUUGUCACACAUGUGACAUUGGAGCUCACGGGGACGGGGGCCCGCCCCCAAUUAGUGUGUGUGGACAACCUACAUACCCGCAGCCCCGUCGACACCGUGUAUAUCAAGCCAACUGCCACAGGGUUAGCGUCCACGAGGCUCUUUUACCUGCACAACACAUCGCGCGUACCCCUAGUGUUUCGGUGGCAAGUGCCUCAAGCGUUGCACUCGACGUUUCACCUGUCCCCACUCGUGUAUCGCCUGAACGGGAACGAAACGGCCGCGAUUACAUGUAUAUUCUCGCCAUCCCAGCUUAAACAGUACAACCAGCGCAUCUCCGUCCAUGUCAAGAGCAUUUUGAACGAGAAGCCGGCGGUAUCCGGAUACCCCAUGAGCCAGGACACAUCCGUAAAGCUCGUCGGCGUCGGCACGUCUGGCGCCAUCUCGUUCGACCCGCCGUCGAUCCAACUCCCCACGGUGCUCGUAAACUCGCGUAUGGCCAUCUCGUUUCACAUUCUCAACUCUUCCGACUGCGAUUUGAUCUACCAUCUCCACGUAAUUCGCCGCCGUGACGUGGCAGCCUCCCAAAGUACAACAAAUGAACAAGGCGACGAUCUGACAUGCCAGUUUAUAUCGUUUUCGAAACCAAGCGGAACCCUCGGCGCGCGAUCCCAGCAAUCCGUCGAGCUCACGUUCCAAGCCAAUGUAGCUGGCAUUUUUGCCUACAAGAUUUCGUGCGCCGUGUCGUCUGCCCCCGUCGAGCCCUCUCUACAUGCCGCCGCCGCCGCCGAUGGCACUUGUUUUCACAUGGAUGUGGAUGCCAGCGCGUCGUUUCCCUCGCUUGUUAUCGAAGACCUCCGUGUCCUUCGUACACCUACGUCGACUGCAUGGACCCAGUUUCAAGUACCAGCUUUGAAUGCAUUCUUAGCCGCGCCACUGACCCAACACGAAGUCGAUUUCAACGCCGAGAGCAGCCCAGACAUGACCACGCUGUCCAGUUUUCACAUGCAGUUUACGCCUGCGACAGAGGGCACGCCGUCGCAGGUGGCGUACGUGCAACUGCGCAACCCUGGCUCACUCGUUGUCGCAUAUCGUAUCUAUUACCCCAGCGAAACUGACGUCGAACUUGAGCGAUGGGCAGAUAGAGGGGAACCCACCGCGAAUGAACUGCGCCAAAAUAUCAUUGUUGACUCGAAACUGUUUACCAUCUCGCCUCGGUCUGGUGUACUGCAACCCCACGAAACGCUAGUUCUGAGCUUGUCGUACUCGUACGAAUCCUUGCAAUACGACGGUAUCCACGAUCUAUCUGUCGUGUUGAACGUAUCCCAAGGCAAGAAACUCACACUAAUUCUGCACGGGCGGACGCUGCCUGUAUCGUCACCUCUCCUCUUCCUUCCGUCGGAUGUGUGUGUGCUGCACCCGGUGCAGGUGGGGCAGAGCAUGCGGAGCACGUACCCAUUGGCCAAACCGUGCACCCAACAGAUCCCCGUCUUCAACUGCGGCGACCAGCCGUUGCAAGUGGACAUAGACGACAGUUCAUGGAGCGUUCUGAACGCCCGCCAGUUCAAUUUUCCCAUCUUGGAGUGCCGUACGAGUCGCGUGGUGGUGCCGGCGCAUGCGACAGCGUUCAUCGACGUCGACUUUUGCCCGCUCCAAGACAUUACGUACUCAUCCGAGCUCCGUUUGUAUGCGACAGCGUUACACUCGGAGAACACGUACGAACAGUCCACAACCAUCUCGGUAGUCGCGAGGGGGUACACAGCGCCGCUUACAUUUCCCCAUAUGCACUUGUCGGCAACGACGGGCGGCCCGCCAUCGACUUCACAAUUAUUGGCGCAUUCAUCCUCCUCCUCCGCGGCGUUGCUGAGCCACGAUCGCGUCGACUUUGGCCUGGUCUGCGUACACACUGACAACGUGCAGCUGGUCACGUUAACGAAUACAAGCUGUACAGCUACGGUCGGGUUUACCUGGGAUCAAGGGCAUCCACUGGUCGUGUCCAAGAAGGUGCUAUGUAUGCCGAGCCAGGGCCAGCUACUGCCGCUCCAGCAUGUCCUGAUUAGGAUCGUCGUGCGCCCCCACAUUGAUCUGAUGGUUAUUGACCAUGAUAUUGCAUGCUGGAUUCGGGUCCUCUCCGAAGGACGAGGCGGCGACGACGAUGUGUCAGCACCUACCAGGAUGACCAAUCAGUUUAACACCACUUUGCAGUCGCUUACGACCACGCCCAGCACGACGUUCGAGUACCCGUCGCCGUCCACACACGGCAAUGGGGCGAGUACUACUACUACUACUAGUGGGGUUACUAGACCGAGUGUGAUCACCCGCUCGACCGUGUCGUCUCGAUCGCACACGAAUCGCACUAGUAAUACUACUAGUAGCCCCACGACAACCUCCACACCAACAACAACGACUUUGAGUGUAAAGCACCAGCCCGAUGCUAAGCGCGGGGCAAAUAGUAGCAAUAAUCGUGCUCCUUCUACCUCGGGCAGCCAAAAACACAAGGGGUGGAGACUGCCGUUUCACAGGUCUGAAGUGCCCCCAACUACCCCCAUCCCCCCCCCAGACCCAGUAUAUCUCCAUAUAUUUGCCUAUGUCGUGCCCGUGGAAUUCUAUCGCCAGCAAAUCCCACCCGAAACCUACCGCCGGAGUCCCUUGCCAUUGCCUACAAACGAUGUAUCGUAUGCCGAUUCGAUAGCAACUUUGCGGCAAAAGUGGGGAUAUCACGACCCGAAAAUGGCAAAACAAAGUCGAACGGUGCUUGAAGCCGUGCUGAGCUAUUUGGUCACGGAGGUGUUAAACUCGGGCGCUGUCACCGAGGCCAUGGCCGAACUGCCGUUGGAGCCCCCGACCCCUGUAUUUGUCCAAUUUAACAGUACGAAACGAGCGGCGAAAGCCAGUCGACUCUGCGACGACGUUAAGCGCCUGACGGCAACUGUCCUCGAGAACACCAUGUUCAAUUUGAUCCAAGAAAUUGCAUGUGGCGAGUUUGAUCUGACCUGCCUGCCCAAGCAACUCGUGUUUCACACCCCAGACCACGACGACGACAAUGAUACCGUCGAAACAAUCCAGGAAGAUAGAGAAUAAAUAAUACUAUGUGGUAUUAUAAGAUAGAGAAUAAAUACAGUAAUAUUGUGCUUUUCAC